CUCCUUCCUCAUUCAAUCUUUGCAGCUAGUUCUCUCUCUCUCUCUGUGAUUAACAUGGAUUACAAGGACCGGUACCAGCAGGCUCUAAUGCCAAACUACGAGUGUCUUCUCUUUGAUCUUGACGAUACCCUUUGUUCCUUAAGUACUGGUUUCUUUACCAUAUGCACCAAGAAUAUUGAAGAAUAUAUGGUUCAAAAACUUGGAAUAGAUGAAAAGAAAGUCCAAGAGAUCAGUCCUAUAUUAUACAAGACUUAUGGAACAACAAUGGCCGGUCUGAAGGCAAUUGGUCACGACUUUGACAAUGAUGAUUAUCAUAGCUUUGUUCAUGGGAGACUACCUUAUGACAUGCUAAAACGUGAUCAUGUUCUGAUGAAUCUCUUGCUUAGCUUGCCUAUUCGGAAAGUUAUUUUCUCAAAUUCGGAUGAGGCCCAUGUUACAAAAGUUCUUAGCAAGCUUGGAUUGGAGGAUUGCUUCGAAAUGAUUAUAUGCUUUGAGACUCUGAACCCGACCAACAAGAAUAACGUAGAUGAUGACAACAUUAAUUUUGAGCUUACUUGUCAACCCAAUGGCAACUCGGGGCUUCCAAAGAUUCCAAUCAUUUGCAAACCAUUAGAAAAUGCAUUUGAACAAGCAUUCAAGAUAGCCAACAUCAAUCCUGAAAAAACACUGUUCUUCGAUGACAGUGCCCGAAAUAUACAGACUGCGAAGCGUAUGGGACUUGACACUGUGCUGGUGGGGAAAAAUCAUCGUACAAAUGGUGCUGAUUACGCUUUAGAGAGUAUCCACAAUAUCAGAGAAGCAUUGCCUAUGCUAUGGGAAGCCAAUAAUAAGUUAGAAAAGGUCAGCUCUCCAAGAAAGAUUGCAAUUGAGACAUCAGUGGAAGCCUAGAAGUAGUGCAUGAUUAGUAUGGCAGAAGCUGGUAGAGGCAUUCCUUUCCAACUUAUGCCAGAAGCUGGAGUGCUUGCUACAAAAUAGUAUCUUAUGUAUUAGAUAUAUACAGUAUUUUUCUGAAAUUAACACAAUAUGAGAAAAAUGCUGCAUAUAUGUAACUGAUACAUGAGAAAAUACAUAAUUUACUAGUCUAUCCAAGACUGUUUGUUGUUUUAGUUUGUUUAAUGCAUGCCUAAGAAUAAAGUAUAUUAAUUUAGAUAUUUUUGUGGUCCAAUCUAUGUCACUUUCAUUUUUGGUACAAUGAUCCUAGUGGACUUGUAUCUCUAUUUGUAAUCAUCUCUGUCUCUUUCUUAAUCUGAACUUUGCAAUAUGAAAUCUACUUAGCACCCCUCUUUCUUUGCAUGAAAUCUUGUUGUAAGCUUUGUGAAAGUGAAAUUGGAAAUGGUUUGUGA